CUUUCAGACACUCCUCCUCACACAUACAGAAGCAUUUCUCCCACUUGGAGACCCUCAUACAUUCCCUCUCUCUCUCUCUCUCUCUCUCACACACACACACACACACACACACACACACACUCACACACACAUACUCACACACACACGCGCGCACACGCACGCACACACACCUGCACACUCACAUACACACACAGACAGCAGCAGCAGCAUGUUUCGGUGGAGUCUCCCCCAGGCAGCGUGUGUGCUGUCGGUGUUCGUGUCUCUGGCUCUUGCCUAUGAGGAUGAUAUCGAGGUCAACUACUCUGACAACUACUACAAUGAAAUCACAGAGGGAGACCCGCAAGAACCCACACCGAGCACAGCCCCCUGUAAGAUUCCGGACCUGACCAAAUGGGACAAACUCUUCUCUAUGCUGGAGAACAGUCAGAUGAGGGAGAACAUGCUGCUGCAGUACGCUGACGACAUCGUCAAGGUGGAGAUGGGCUCACUGCGUGGAGAAAUGCUCAGGUUUGUUGCCCAGUACGGUGGCUCCUGUGGGGCAGCUGUGGAGACAGCAGGAAGACGGAUGUCCCUGCAGCUGGUGGCAAAAUUCAGAGAAGUCUUAGACCGCCUCAACCCUCAGGAAAGCAAGAAUGUUGCUGCCACUGGGAACUCUGCUGGGAAUUCAAACAACUUGGAGAUGUUGCUACAGCAGCUCCUCUCUGCAACCCGGACACAAACCUCCAGACUCACCAAGCUGGAGACCAGCUGCUUCAGCAAUGCCGGAGCUGUGAUGGGAACAGGAGGGGGAAUGCCGUCAACUUCUAAGAUGGGAUUUGAGGUUCCACAAGGUAGAGGAGGGCACAGGGCUCAGGAUGUGACGUCCCAAGAAGUGCAGGGGGCACUCGCAACACUGCGGCAGACAAAGACAGAGCUUGAGGAGGUGCUGAGGUCAUCAAGGCAGAGAUACCUGCCCGCAGGUUGUGAAAUGGCCCUUCUCUUCCCCAUGCGCUCCCGCCGCAUCUACACCUCCAUCAUACCGGAUGUCCCGCUCUCCCUCUCCUCCUUCACCGUGUGUCUGUGGGCCAAGCCGACCGCCGUCCUCAACAAAACCGUGCUGUACUCCUACGGAACUCGCCGGAACCCGUACGAGAUCCAGCUGCUGCUCAGCCGAACCUCAGCCCUCUUUACUGUAGGAGGAGAGGCUCACUUGGUGGAGGCGCGGGGCGUGGUCAAUGAGCCAGAGUGGAUCCACCUGUGUGGGACCUGGAGCUCCAAGCAGGGCCUGGCGUCACUGUGGGCGGAUGGGAGAAAGGUGGCUUCCACGCCCGGUGUGGCCGAGGGACACAUCUUACCCGACGGCGGCUCACUCCAGCUGGGGCAGGAGAGGAACGGCUGCUGCCCCGGAUCUCCCAGCGCAGGCGGAGGCAGCGGGAGCGGGGUGCCAGGGUUUGAGGGAGGGUUUGAAGCCAAGCUGGCGUUCCCGGGGAAGAUGACGGGGGUGAACAUGUGGAACAGGGUGCUGUCAGACGAGGAGAUUUCCCAGAUGGCUUUGCGGGACGGAAGCGGCUGCGAGAUGAGGGGGAACAUGGUGGCGUGGGGUGUGACAGAGAUGGUGCCCCAUGGAGGUGCUCAGUUCAUCAACUAACAGACUCUUACACUCCAUUCUGGAAAGUUUCAUCAGCAUCAUGGUCAUCAUCAUCAUCAUCGUCAUAGUGAAUAUCAGCGGCACCACAUGAGAAGCUUUCAUGUUACAUGUGCAGAGAACCAACUCACAGCUACUUUCAUCAUCAUCACCAUCAUCAUCAUCAUCAGUGCCUCAUUGCCAAAUGUCCCCAUCUUCAAAUGUUUUCAUCAUUAUUAUUUUUAUUAUUUUUACGCUUAUUGUUGUCUUUACCACCGUCACUGCUAUUUCCACGAACACUAACGCUGCCAGGAAUUCUACUGGACUUCAUGAAGUUCAAAUGAGAGAAAGCCAAUGCUGUGAGAGACUGAGGUUCAUUCAAGUAACGUUCCACAUUGAACUGAGGCUAAAACGCUUUCUCUGUCACACACAUACACCCACACAUGCAGGCAUAAAUCUAAAUAAUGUAGUCUAUUGUAUCGUACCAGGAAAAGAGAUGCAAGCAGCGUUUACCAAAGACUAAAGUAGGACUGCAAGAAAGGAAGGUAGAGAGGCAAAGAGUCUAUCGUUAAGGGAUGCUAGAAGUGAAUGAGUUGAUGAGUUGCUGAGCCAGAAUGUAUGAGGAGUCACUAGAUAGCCAUGCUGGUUGAGCAGAACAGGCAAAUCCCCUGUGUCUCUCAAAUUCUGUUGUGUUUGUCAGACAAUUUCCGGUGUAUUCUGAUGGGAAAAACGGCAAAUAAUUUGUUUUGGGAGUCAGGUAAAACUAUUGUCAUUGUCACAUGCAGUAUAUUUGCACAGAGGUUAUGGUUGAAGUUAGAAUUUGCAUCCCUGCCUUCACAGUUUUAUUUGUAAGAACAUGAAAAAUUUAAGACUGAUAAUCCCCCCGCACACAAUUAAAACGGCAAUCAGAGGUACAAUAUUAAUGUGGCAGAGGCAUGCGGUACAAUAUAAAAUAUAUGAAAUACUUGUGUGACUGAAAACUGCUGUACUUAUGUCCUUUCAAGCAUGGCCAACUAGUAACUCUUGAAAUAGCUUAAAAGUUAUAGAAAAUGUUUCAUUAAUGAAUUAUUUUGUUACCGUGAUUUUCCUAAAAAGUGAAUCUUUGAAAGCAUUUAAAGCAUUUCCAAUGUUGUACUCAUCAAAGUGUUUACAUUCAUAUGAAAUAGUUAAUUACAUUUAAACCAACUGUCUUUAUGUUUUUUGUUGUUUUUUUUCCCAGUAGUUUUCAUUUAAUUUUAGGGUAAUAUAUGUGUGUCUUCUAUUUUUUUUUUUAUCAUGGGUAAAGUAUAUGAUAUGAAAUUGUUAUGUGUCUGUUUUGAGAUGGAAAGGUUCUGAAUUUGAUGAGAUGAACUGUGGACAAUGUUUACAGAAUCUAAUCUUUGAUUAUCUAAUGUGACUUGUAUCAUACUGUAAAUUGCUUUUGCUGUUCUUAUUGAUCUUCUUAACAGGUGAAAUUGAAUGUAUUUUGUACAUAUAUAUUUUGCAUAACAAGACUGGAUGAACGGAGAGUGAGUUAUGAAUAAAACAGUUAUAGUCCAUU